AUGCACCUGAUAUGGGAAGAGCAAAGUUGGUUAAUUGACGCCGUGUGUAACGGUCGGUUGAAUGCCGUCCGCAGCUUUUUGGACAGCGGUGUCAAUCUCAACUCAUAUAAUGUUUGCGGUUUCCGACUCCUAAACCUGACCAUGACUAUGCUCAGGCUGCCUCGGGGGCCUGUUAAAACAACUCCUUGGAGUCGAGCAAUUCACGUCGCCGUUGAGGUGGGUGCUGAUGUAGUUCUUCCAGUUCUUGAAGCCGAUAGGCCACUCGACAUUGCCGUGCGCGACGACGCUGAGGAUACAGCGUUGCAUGUAGCCAUGCACCCUUUGUGGCUUAAGUUCCGGAGGCGACAGAUUGUCAGAAUGCUGCUCGCCGCUGGAGCACCGGUGCGAGUGUAG